CCUAAACGCAAAUACUCCGUAUAUCACCUGGUACUCCUGCAAGGGGUCAAAGUGGUCAACAAUAUCCUUCCUCGUCCGUCCGGCACUCCAGCAGCUGGCUCCCUGCUCCAUCCUCAGUCCUCACCACUCACCCCUUCUCCUUCACUCUCUCCACCGCCUGUAGCGCCACCUUCGCCAAGAUCACCACCGUCUCUCUCGCCCUAAGCCUAAGCUGAAAAAGGACUGAAGAAGCAGUCCCCUCCGCCAACUCUGCAUGAGCAAAAAUCGAUGAUGAAGAGGAAAUCCGGUGAGAUUAACAAUGGUGAGAGGUUAGCGGCUCUGGCCAGACAAAAAAUCGAGAAUAACCAAACCAAUGACUAUCUAAUGUCAAAGUUUAGAUGGAGGAUCGAUAACUUCUCGCGUUUGGAUGUUGAGAAGCCUUACUUUUCCGUGUAUGAAUUAAAUGAGUACAAGUGGAGGUUGCUGCUUUAUCCAAAGGGAAAUGACACAGCUCAUUUGUCUCUAUACCUAGGUGUGCCUGACCUGCCUAGAUUACCCGAUGGUUGGCAUAUACCUACAAAGUUUAGUCUAGCCCUUAUUAACCAGUUAGACCCAAAGAAAACCAUUAAGAAAGCGACCAAACAUGCUUUCAACGCUCACGAGAGUGACUGGGGCUUCAUUUCGUUCAUCCCACUCUGCGAGUUUCAUAACGAAUCUGAAGGUUAUCUUGUUAAUGAUACAUGCCUGAUCGAAGCUGAAGUAUAUGUCCCUGAUGCUUCUUCAUGUCUGACGAACAAUGCUACUUCUCCUGUUUCCCCAUAUCAAGCUAUUGAUUCUUCUGCUGUUGCUCUUGAUCCUGUGGAAUCUGUGUACUCUCGGGUUCAAUCUGUUCUCAAGUCACUCCCAAAGUCACCGUCCAACUUAGCAUCUGGUGCUAUUCCAUGUGAAGUUCCUUUGUUUAAAGACCGUGCAACUUCUGCAAAAGAAAUCUUUGACAAGCUGAUAUCAUACCCUUUGGAGGACUUAGCUGAUCCACAGCAUGAACCUGCAAUGUUGGAGUCACUCUCCAUACUCGCUCACAAUCUUUCUUUGUUCAGCAAUGAGCACGUGGCAGAGAUUUUGAGCUUGAAUGUUUCUUUUCCUCAGACGAUGCGGGAAUGGAGGGAGUUGAGUAAAGUCAAGGGGGGCAGUGAGCAUCUUUGGGCUACUUUUGAGAAGACGAAGCGUUUGCUGGAGGAUUUAGUGAAAACGGAUGAAGGGAUAAAGAGUAAACUGGAGGGGCUGGUUAGGAGAGAAAAGGAAUUGAAAACUGAGCUGGAAGAAAUUGAAAGCGAGAUGCGGCAACUGAAGGUGGAAAGAGGAGAAGUGUCGAAACAGACCAAGAAAGUGUGUGCUCUUGCUGAGGAGCAGGCUUGCAUUAUUGAAGAAAGAGAGGCUGAGGUGGAUGGCGCUAACAAAAAGAUGGAGGGUUUAAAGUCCAAAUGGGAUGCAAUGAGACUUCUUCUAGUUGCUUGAAAAGAAAAAAACUAGGCUGUGUCUAGUACUAAUUAACUUGUAGGAUCAUUUAGACCUAAUUAUGUGUAUAUGUGGGGUUUAAAAUCUAUUUUGUCUGCACAAACAUUAGAGAAAGCCAAGGCUGUGUCUAGCUACCAAGUAAGUUGUAGUGCUCCUCCUAUAGACCUAACUAUUUUUUGGACCUAAUUAUGUGUAGAAGUGGGGUUUAAAAUCUAUUUUAUCUGCACAAAACAUUAGAGAAAGCCACAUCUGUAUCUGUUAAUAUUACUCAUAGUGCAUUGAGGAAGACUGGAGAGUGAUACAAAAUGGUCAGAGUACAU